ACCUAGCAAGACUUUUAUAGCGAUCAAAUUGUUAUUAUUUAAAGCAUUUCCUUAUUUGUGCAAAGUAAAAGUACAUGGCAUUGUACAAGGUAUAGAAAACUCCAACUGUGUGGAAUUAUUUAUUCAAUACACAUCUGGUACUUUCCACGUCACGCACCGGUGCUUCUUUUUCAUAAAACCAGACGAGAGCUUACAGUACAUUGGAGCUACAUGGUAUUUGCAAGCCCCAGGCACCAUUUCUCUCAGAAACGCCCCAAGUUUUUAGUGAUCCAGUAGGCUGCGAUCAUUUCCUCAUCAACUUGGCUGAUUGCAUACUGGGCUGUGAACUGUACCCGCCUGACUAUCAACAGGCAACGAUUUUGACAACGAGACAAGUAUGGCUUCAGCUGAUCUGGUGAAGAAAAUGACCGAGAGUCAACUCCAAUGCAGCCUAUGCAAAGAAAGAUACAACCAACCAAAAGCGCUUGACUGCACUCACAGCUUCUGUCAGAAGUGCCUGGUGAAGUACUACAAAGAUGCCCAGAAGAUGCCCUGCCCGGAAUGUGAGAAGGAGACGGUACUUCCAGAGGAAGGAGUUCCUGGCCUGAAACCCAACUUAUAUCUUGAGAGUUUCUUAGAAAAGUUCUCAUCACUUCAGAUGACGGAUGAAAGCUCCGCCAUGAAACCUCGAGAAGAUGCUGCAUGCGAGAAGCAUCAAGGGAGUAAGAAACUGUUCUUCUGUGUGCCGUGCGAGAUGCUGAUCUGUCGAGACUGUACUGUCAUCGAUCACCCGAAACCAGACCAUCACUACGUUGACUGCGCAAAAGCUGCUAACGAACGUAGGAAGUCCGCCAAACAGUUCUUCCCAGAAUACGAGAGAGAGAUCGAGGUGUGCCAGCAUUCUUUGCAGGUGGUGUUGAAAGCCAUGAAGGACUUGAAGAACAACGUAGCGACGGCAAUGUCUGAGGUUCACGUUACGGCCGCUGAGAUAAUCGCCAAAGUGAAGGAAGAAGAAGAUUGUAUGAUCACCGCCAUCAAAUCUCAAGAACUUGAUCGCGCAACGAGACUUAUGGAGCAAGAGAAGAAGGUGACAGGGAUGCUGCAGUCGAGACGAUACUCGUUAGAGGUAGCUGAAGAUGCCAUGGAGAACUGCUGCGACUCAACUUUCCUUGAGAUCUAUCCCGAGAUGCCGAUGCUGUUCGGUCAACACGUCCCUCAACUUGACCGCGGUCUUUCCUGCCUGAGCUUUAAGCGGAACCAGACGAGUUUCAAGAUCGUCCUUGGUGAGAUUGACGUGGAGGGAAAGUGGGAGAAGAGUCUGGAGUUUGGCGAGGUGAAAUUUGCUCGAGGGAUUGCUGCACUCUCUGACCAGCUUGCUGUGACGGACCAUAAUCAUGGUGUCCAGUUCUUCAGUCGUGAGGGUCAGCACAAUACAUCAUUGUCUCUAGGAAGCAACAUCCAUGACAUAGCAGCUCUCAAUAACCGCUUGAUCGUUGUCGACAACACCAAGAUCGUAAAAGUAUACAACGGUGACGGUUCUCUGGCCUUCGACUUCACAACAGUGCCAAUCCGAGAGUUGGGCAAGGCAAACUUAGACCUCAAGAGCGUCGCAGUCAAGAAGGACGGCAACAUCAUCGUGGGGGACGUCGAGAGGAAUGUCCUGACAGAGCACAGCCCGACCGACGGCUCUCUGAUUCACACCAUACUGGUCAAGACGGCACCCUUCUUUUUAGCCAGCGAUUGCACCAACAACAGAGUUGUGGUCAGCGGUGGACUCCAACAUGAAGUGGACAUUGUCGACGGAGGUAUCGCGUCUUUGUUUACUCUCCGGCCGACCAUUAACAGCCACCAGGUAAAGUACUGCCGAGGUGUUUGCUGUGAUAGCUCCGGUAUGUAUGUUUUGAUCUGUAACGGCGCCUACGACACCGGGCAUAUCCACCGUUACGACGCCAAAGGUAAAUUUCUGGGCUGUAUUGCUCAGGAUCUGCACAACCCAAGCGGGAUCACGUUCACAUCGGACGGGCAGCAGCUGGCAGUGGCAGACUGUACCUCCAUCAAGAUGUUUCACAAGGUGUAAUGUCGGACUAACUAAAAAUGGACGGUCGACCAACACAAACCACCAUGCCUCUAUGUUUCUCAUUAACAAUCCUACAAAGCCAGGCCUGAUACUUCACGGAGGCGACGAAGGCGAUUGCCUCCAUGCCCCCUGGUUGCAUUGGUGCCCUUAAA